CGGCCGUCAGAGAGACGGACGGACGGGCGGGCGGAAGGUGGUAGGAGCCUCGCGAGCGAGCGGUGGGCGGUGGCGGCGCGAGAAUGCGUAUGAUUGGCGUUUGCACUGCCUCACUUGGUUCUCUUGGCCUGAUGCGUUUUUUUGGCUUGGCUUGGUCAUGGAGUAUUGCAGUUGCUCUGGGCAUUUACAUUGGUACUGGUGGCUGGACAUUUCUCCGGAUCAUCUUUAAAACAGCCUUGAGAGAUCUCCUGGGGCUGUCGGUGCUCAUACAGGUUAAAUAUAAAUUGUACUGGCACCGGAAAGCCAAGAGCAAUGUCCCCAAGAUAUUCCAGGAUGUGGUCCGCCGACAUCCAGAAAAAGUGGCUUUUAUCUAUGAAGCUACUGAUGAGAAAUGGACUUUCCGGCAUCUGGAUGAAUAUUCUAAUGCUGUGGCCAACUUCUUCUACCAGCAAGGCUUUCGAGUUGGUGAUGUCAUUGCCAUCUUUAUGGAGAGUCGACCUGAGUUUGUGGGCUUCUGGCUAGGAAUGGCCAAAGUGGGCAUCGAGGCAGCCCUCAUCAACUUCAACUUGCGUCUUGAUUCUCUGACUUACUGUGUGAAAACAUCAGGGGCAAAAGCCAUCAUCUUCGGCGGAGAGUUGUCAGCAGCAUUCGAAGUGAAUGGGACGCUGGGGAAAAAAUAUGUCAAGUUCUGCUCUGGAGACUUCAAACCUGAAUCCAUUCCACCCAGGCACCAACACCUGGACCCUCUUCUGGCUAAGGCAUCAACAUCUCCUCCAGCUCAGUUCCAGCCAAAGAUUAGAUAUCGGCUGUUCUACAUCUACACCUCUGGCACACGGGAAUGCCCAAGGGCUGCCAUUGUGGUGCAUAGCAGGCAGCUUUUUGGUUAUUAUGCCUACAGAAUGACCCCCAAUGACAUAAUCUAUAACUGUCUACCACUGUAUCACUCAGCAGGUAGGCCAUAGGAAUAUCAUGGUGCUGGCCAGUGUGUGAUCCAUGGCCUGACUGUAGUGAUUAGGAAGAAAUUUUCUGCCAGUCGCUUCUGGGAUGACUGUGUGAAAUACAAGUGCACAAUUAUCCAGUAUAUUGGGGAAAUCUGCAGGUAUCUGCACCAACCGGUGCGGGAGGCAGAGAAACACCACCAAGUGCGGCUGGCAAUAGGAAAUGGUUUGAGGCCCACCAUAUGGGAGACUUCACCCAACGCUUCCAAAUUAAACAGAUUGGUGGAAUUUUAUGGGGCUACAGAGUGUAACGGUAGCAUUGCUAAUUUGGAUGGAAAGGUUGGUGCCUGUGGCUUCAACAGCCGGAUUUUGCCAAAUGUGUAUCCUAUUCGUUUGGUAAAAGUAAAUGAGGAUACCAUGGAAUUGAUAAGGAAAGAGAAUGGACUAUGCAUCACCUGCCGCCCAGGAGAACCAGGACUGCUUGUGGGUCGAAUAAACCAGGAGGAUCCUUUGCGUAGGUUUGAUGGCUAUGUCAAUGAGAAUGCGACCAACAAGAAGAUUGCUUACAAUGUCUUCCAGAAAGGGGACCAGGCUUACCUUUCAGGAGAUGUACUAGUGAUGGAUGAACUUGGCUACAUGUAUUUCAAAGACCGGAGUGGGGACACGUUCCGUUGGCGUGGGGAGAAUGUCUCCACCACAGAGGUUGAAGGAAUCCUGAGCCACAUCCUCAGCAAGACAGAUGUUGCCGUUUAUGGAGUUGAGGUGCCAGGAGUAGAAGGCAAGGCAGGAAUGGCAGCCAUUGCUGAUCCUGAAGCCAAGUUGAACCCUAAUGUGCUGUACCUAGAGAUGCAGAAAGUACUGCCCCCUUAUGCACGACCCAUCUUCCUCCGGCUCUUGCCCCAGGUUGACACUACAGGCACUUUCAAAAUUCAGAAAACACGUUUGCAAAGGGAAAGCUACAACCCACACCAGACAUCUGAUCGAUUAUAUUUCUUGGAUGUAAAACUUGGCAAGUACCUACCUGUGGAUGAGUGUGUGUUUGAGAGGAUCCAGGCUGGAAAAGCGUCUCUGUGAUUUCAUCAGCAAAAGCCACUAGUGAAGAGUUUGCCAUUGGAGGGCUUUGCUUGGCUAGAGAAACAAACUUGGCUAAAUAAGUGAAGCAAAGUUUCCAUUCAGAACAUCUGCAGUAGGGACAAAAACUAGCAAGGCACAGGGCGUAGAGUGGCCACCAUCUUUUUAAAAAGCACAUUAACUGUUUCCUGAGUAAAGGUGGUGGCCCCUUUCUACUGUUCAGUUUUUAGAAUGGUUUUUGUUCCCCUUCCUCUAUGUAACCAUUGCAUUGUAAGACACUGUGUGAAGCAAGGCAGAUUUAUGGUCCCCAUUACUACAUUGUUAAAGCCCUCAGUAUGUUGGUGUGACUGAGCCUGCAGUAGCACUGAUGGACUUGCCUUCUGCCACGUGUCUCAGCAGGAUUUUCCUUACUUAAGGCAAUAGCACAAUUGCUGCGGAGAGUCUUCAGUUGUUUUGGGAUUUCCAGCUUCCUAAUUUACAUAUUUAUAGUCCCUCCAGUUGUCAUCGCUCUGAAAUGUACCCGUAUUUAUGUGGAACUUUAAUGGACUGGCUUUCAAAAUGCAAUAUCAUUUUAUCUGCAGAGACUUUGAUCUUAAAAAUAAAAUGACUAAUUUGAUGAAGUACCGGUAACAACAAUGUUGGUAUUAAAAAUGUUAUAUUAAAGCAAAAACAAAUUUGGGCCGAAAAAUGCACAGGAAACACCCUUCUAAUCCAUUGUGGUGCUCGAAAGCUUCCACACAAUGACAGAAGAUUAAUAAAAUACUUUGUAUCCUCUUAGGGGAAGCCAUUCUGCUUUGCUAAUCUGCCUAAAGAUAUAUUGGCUUACAUGUCCACUUUUGAACAUUGCAACAUUUCAGAUUACUUGAUGUUGAUCCAGAAUCUUGGAAAACAGUGCGAUAAUCCUGAGAACAAAGUCUGGUAACGUUUGUUUUGGUUUCCCUGAUCCUCACUGCUCUCUGUAGGAAGUGUGGCAGCUGCUUAAAGCAAGUUGCAACAUAAUCCUAACAUUCACCUUCCAUCAGUACACAACUGUGGGUAUUACUAACUCUACUGCUUUUUCUAGUGCAAUUUCUGUAGAUGGCACAAAGCAUUUUAUUUAAAACGAGGAAGACAGAAGGGAUACUGAGACUUGUGGGUGACCAUACUUUCAAUUUUGCUGUGAUUCUUUCUUGUGAUUAUGUUGCUGUGGAAGACCUGUACCACUAAUGCAGCUAUUCCUAGGAUAUCCUAGUUAACUUCUAUGGAAUUAAUUAUUUUACUGGGAUGUUCCUGUACUCUUCUUUCUGUGCUCUUUUUCCUUUAAUAACUCUUCUUCUCUUUCAUAAAAAUUUAACUUUGCACAAAACCAUUUUACAAAGACUUAUGUGCAAUGUUAUGUUGUAUAAUAGAGCACCAUACAAUACGAGUAGGGCCAUUGUUAAGUAAUGGUUCUGAAACAAGUGGAAUGUGUGCUUUCCCUUUUUUAUUAGACCCAGAAUGUGCCUUUCAUCAGAGCCAGACAGAGCAGGUUAACAUUUGUAAUAAAUUUAGCUUUGUUAUUAAUCCUCAGAAAAGGCACCUACAGCUAACUAAGCCCUGUCGUUUGGAGAAAAGCACAUAGAUUUUUUUAAGGCUAUAGUUCAUGGUUUGAACAAAAAUCAUGCACUAACAGUUAUUUGAAGCAAAGUUACAUUUUCAGAUGGAGUCACUUGUCAAUGUAUAACUUUGUUUUGAAAAUAAAAAAUGAAGAAAGUUUAA